GUAUUCAGUACAUAUACACACCAUAUGAAUUUUUUAUGCUUAUCACACAUUGUUUAUUUUAUUAACCCACUAAUAACAAAAUUAAACUACAAAGUGCUUCAACAAAUUAGAUAAUGGAAACGAAAUGAACCAGCCUUAUAAAUAAAUACAAUUCAACUAUUGCCUCGUUUUCAAAAAUGUCACGAAUAAGUUAUAAAUAUUUUUCACCUAGCAUAAUCAAUUAUAAAAUGUUAAGGAAUAGAGAACUCGGUCUAAAGCCUACCUUAGGCUAUAGUGACGAUAUCUACCGCAAAGUGUAUAGCAACAUGGACGCGUACCUAUCCAAUAUACCCAUGCAACGAUUUACCGCUGAUCAGGGAGCAAUUUUUAACUUGGAAUUUAGCUUGGACGGAAAGCUGUUGGUGGCCGCUUGCGAAGAACGAUCCGUAUUACUCUUUGAUGCGUCGGAUCAGAGGCAAAUCAAAAAAGUUAGCGAGGCCCAUUGCAGUUGUGUGAAUUGUGUCCGGUUUCUGGACGAUCACACGUUCGCCACGUGCUCCGAUGACAACACUGUAAAACUAUGGGAUACGCGAAAGUUAAAAACAGAACUGAGAACCUAUCGUGGACAUGCUAACUGGGUCAAGAAUAUUGAAUACUUGGAAAAGGAUCAGAUUAUGAUAACGUCAGCGUUUGACGGUAAUGUUUACGCGUGGGAUUUAAAGAAUUGCUCUGAGAGUAGUACAAUUUAUAAUAAUGUUUUCGUAAUGAAUGGACUUAUGAGGACUAAGCUGACGCCUGAUGGUACAAAGAUGAUUAUUUGUACAACUAGCGGAUAUAUUAUAAUUAUUCACGAUUUAAAUUUAGCCACACUAAGCAAUGAUCUAAAGUCGUUUAGGCCCCAUCUGUAUAGGUUAAUGCAGUUAAGUGACCAAACAUUUCCAUCUGCGACUAUAUACAAUCACCUUUUCAAACAAGAUCGCAAAUCAAAUCGACUAGAAUUCAUCGACGAUUUUCCAAAUGAGGCCGAGGUUAUUAGCUCUUUGCAAAUACAUCCAAUGGGAUGGUGCGCUUUGUCACGGAGUAUUACCUCUGACGAGAGCGAGGAGUGGACUUCGGUGCACGACAUUCAAACACGCAAUCCGCGUGAUUACGAGGAAGCCUACCGAUAUAUCCACGAGCCGGCAAUCGAAGAAGACGAGGAGGAGUUAUCCGAGAAUGUUAACAGGCGGCCCACCGACAUCUGGAUGGGCUUCCUCACCAACGACGAUCUAAACGCGUACAGAAAUUCGCCGUUAUUAAACAUCCCAGAGAAUUUUCAUUCGACGAUGGGCGUCAUCAAUAGCGGCAUUAUCGGUCAGGACAUAUUCAAACGACAUUUUCGCAAUAGGCCCGAGGAUCGCAAUCGCAUCAUACUCAAUUUGCCUCGUUUGACGCAUUUUAUUAAAGAGAAAAGUGUCGGCAAAGGGUACAUUAAGGAGUUGUGCUUUUCGAGCGACGGGCGGAUUAUUUGUUCUCCAUACGAUACCGGCAUUCGACUGUUGGGAUUUAACGAUCAAAUGCAAGAGCUGUGUUACUGUGUACCUAAUCAACCUAGAGAAUUAUAUACUAUUGCCGAAAUGAAUAAUUAUCAUCCUGACGUUGUUGUUAGUUGCAAAUUUAACCCUAGACAUUAUCAGUUAGUGAGUGGUUGUUUGGGUGGUGAAAUUGUGUGGUAUAAACCCAUUUUGUAAGUGCAUCGAACACGGAAUUUUUAAGCUUAGCUUGUUUGUAUCUAUACUUGUGUACAGGGUGAAUUGCCCAAACUACCUCCCAUUGUAGCAUUUUGCAUCUGUAUAGAUUUUUGACAUCAGUUGUCGUCGUUUCAUUUUCAAACCGCUCUAUUGUUUUAUGUUAUACAAACGCUACUGAGAUUAGUAAAUUAUUUGUACAAUAAGAUAAAUUUAUUAAACUGCAAUACUGAUGUGAUUGUGUACUGUAUGAAAUUGUGGGCAACUAUAUAGAUGUAAAUUGUAAUAAAAUUGAUUUCGUAUUAAUUAGUUAAUGUAUUUCUAAGAUAAUUUCUCAGAAUUAACUAACAGAGCUGUUACUGCCAUAAUUGUACAAGCGUGUUAUAUUUUACUAUAACAACUAAAUUUAUGAAUACAAGUUUUUGGCAUGUU